GGGGACGGCCGCCAUGGCUGACGAGAUCAGCAAGGCGCAGGCCGCCCGCCCCGGCGGCGACACCAUCUUCGGGAAGAUCAUCCGCAAGGAGAUACCCGCCAAUAUCAUCUAUGAGGACGAGCAGUGCCUUGCGUUCCACGAUAUUUCACCCCAAGCUCCAACACAUUUCCUAGUGGUUCCUAAGAAGCCAAUUGUCAGGUUAUCUGAAGCAGAAGAUUCCGAUGAAUCUAGUCUGUUUACUGAAUCCACAAGAGAAGAAAAGCUUGGGCGGAGCUGGAAAAUGAGGACAUCUUUUCCCCGAGCACCUUGCCUCCCAUCAGGAGAUUUAACGGCGUAUGUCAAAUACUAAGAAGACUACAGCAAUUCUGUAAGACAUGAUACGCAUCAGUAUUCCUGUAAGAAGAAUGGAAAAGCUCAGGGCAAAGGAGCUCAGUGUUGUGCUCAGAAUUGUACUUACGCUUGUGGAGCCAAGGAAUAGAACAACUCCUGCACCUGACAGAAAGUCCUCUCAUGUUUCUGCCUGCUUCAAGUGGAUUAUGUUACUUUCUCUUCAGGAUAAUCACUGGUAGAAAAUGUAUUAUUGCAGAUAUACUGCUAAGGUCUUAUUAAAGCCAAUGAUAUUAGGAGAUUUGUAAUUAAAUAAAUGCAUUUUUUUCUUUGAAGAUCUCUGUCUAUCCUGUUGCAAUCCUGUGGAUUGCAAAUGUCUCCAAAUUGCAAAUGAUUGUGUGUGCCUUUUACUUUGUAAUACCAGUAUCUGUCAAUUUUUUUGCGUGUGAGAGUUGAAACUUGAAAUCAGAUCCAAGUUGUUAUUUGAGCAAGAUUUCCUUAAUGUGCACUUUCCUUGCUUUGCAAACUUGCUGCUGAUAAACAAGCAGAUGUACUGCAGACAAUACUGUAGGAGGAGAGUAUGAGUGUUGUGUAAUGCACUGUUUUCUUUCUCCCCAUUUUGCUUUUUCUUUUCUCCUCCUCCAGCAAGUGUGCUCCCAGGCACUCUUGGAAAGCUGCCAGUCCAGAA